AUGAGCGUUGCAGAAAAGUCGAGCGAGCUCCUCGCUGCUUACUUCCCCACCCCCGCAGCUGAAGCCUCCACCCGGACGCGGAGGUUCACCGAUACCGACAUCGAGACGAUAGCAUCUCUCCUCGAGGACCACGAUAAGUCAUGGAGCAGAGCCCCCCGAGCAUACAUCGUCCUCCGAACAAUAGGCCACCUUGACCUCCUGAACGAUCUACUCCAGCUCGGCUUUACCGAUCACUGGUUUCCGGUCGAGGCUUCAGCUCUACCGCCUCGUCUGCAGCCAUCGGUGCGCAACGCCAUCGUAAAGGCUCAGCAGAUCAUUCUCACCAAAUCGGUUGAUCUUGAAAAGGGGGAAAAUGGAAAGCACUGGCAUUUUGCCAAAGGAGAACCGCAGCCAUUCAAGAUUGCCGGUGUGCUGGGCUCCGGAGGCUAUAGUCAAGUGCACCGGAUCAGGAGCACGAUCAGUUUCAAGGAGUAUGCAUUAAAGCGGAUUCGCCGCCGCCGCGCCUUCGGAAAUGCCUCCAAAGAAGCCGUUCGCCAAUUCACCACGGAACUGAAGCUGCUGAAGUCCUUGAAACACAGACAUAUGGCGGAAUAUGUCGGAAGCUUCACGGAUCCAUCCUACCUCGGCCUUAUAAUGGCUCCUGUCGCAGACAUGAACCUCGCAGAGUAUCUCGAAACAAUCUCGACAUAUCCAGAGCACUCACGCAGGAGCAGUCUGAUCACGCUGCGCAGCUUCUUUGGGUGCAUGGCUUCAGCACUGCAGUACCUACACGACAGCUCGAUCCGCCAUAGAGACAUCAAGCCGCAAAAUGUACUCGUAGACGGCAGCAACGUUCUUUUCACCGAUUUCGGGCUUUCAAAGGAUUACUCUGGGGAUCUUGGGAGCACAACUUCAGGCGCUACAAGCAUGACCCCACGCUACGCGGCACCGGAAGUUCUCACUGGAGAUCGUCGGAACACCUCGUCAGAUAUUUGGUCCUUGGGCUGUGUCUUUCUCGAGAUGAUCGUUGUGAUCAAAGGAAAGAAGACUUCCUUUCUGAGGGAGCACUUCCUGGAACAUGGGUCCAAAGAGGCCUACAUAUGCAAAAACGUUGAAGCCGCUGAGGAACUCCUCAAAAGCUUGAAGGGCUCUGAAACAUCAUCGGACGACAUGCUGCUGGAGCUUACGGGAAACAUGCUAAAGGAAGACCGCUCUGCUCGGCCAACAGCUUCCGAAGCAUUCAUGACUCUCUCGACACCUCUGAGGAAUGAUUCCGCAGUGCACUUCUGUGGGAUCUGCUGUCUUGAAGAUGAGGUUUCUGACUCACACGACAGCUUGUGUGAGGAUCCAGAUACGUCAGUGACCAUGUCUUCUAUCCCGAAGCCUCCUGGAGGGACCUCGGUGCUAGUUCCUAAGGACAAUAUUCCAACCGCGGAAGAAGCUUCACCGGCACCUCCAGAUUUAAAGUACCAAGGCCGGGUCUCCAACUCGCACGAUGGCUCAUACGAUGAUCCGGACAAGUCAGUGACAAUAGCUGCGAUUCCGCACCCUCUUGAGAGACAUCCAGUGCAAAACUCCACGCUUGCUGUACAACCCCCCACAUUAGCGACGUUGAAUUUUCCGGACGAGAGUUUGAGCAGUAUACUUGACUGGAGUGCUUUCGCAGGCAACCGGCCAGUCCAAGACAGCAGCUCCAUGAGUCCAACUCGGGAAGAACCGAAGGCGAAUUCAACGUCAGAGCCACCGGAGUCUGUGGAUCCUGAUCAGAUGUCGGAUUCAUCCUCGAAUAACAAGAUUGAAACGCCGAAUGCAGGCUUUAGAGCACCUAAAGAGGCACGAAACGAAAUUUCCGAAACCUACAAGCCUUCUUUCUCCAUCUCAGGCCUCUUUAGAUCAAAACGCAACGAGAGAUCAACGCCAAAGCUGUCAAGGCGUUUCGCGAAACUGCUCCGUCGUCCGAAGCUAUUCGUAGAGGAUUUAGGUUCUCCGCACGAGCAAGGGCCAUUUCCACGUACAGAGGCCACAGAGAACCAGGGUAUAGUGUCCACCAAGCUUGACGUCAGACCAAUUUUCGGUGUCAAGCUACAGGACAGCAUCAGAUAUGCGAACAUUGCAAUAUCUCUUGCCAAUGAAAAAGGCACCGACGCGGAGGAAAUCUUUGCCAGAAGUGGAACUGAAGCCCGGGUUUCAGAACUAUGCACUGCCUUCGACUGCCCUCCUAGAUUCGGCAAAGGCUUUGAUUGGAAUGGAUACACUGCGUUUGACAUAGCAACCGUCAUGAUUCGCUAUCUCGAAUCUCUACCGGAAUCCCUCAUACCCGCGGAGUUCUACGACACAGCCAUGCUGCCUCUCAAAGAGGCAUCUCUUGACUUACCCUUGGAACAUAGUGAGACCAUCUAUCAGAACAUGAGUUACUGGAUUCCUUACUACAGAAAGCUUGUUCUUGACAUGCCUCCUCUCAACAUGCAGCUACUGCUUUACCUGUUAGACUUAUUUGCCGUCUUUGCAGGGAAGUCGGAACUCAACAAAAUGACGACUGCCCGGUUGGCAAAAGUGUUCAGCGGCAUGAUCAUAGGGACGAAAAACUCAGAUGGUCUUGCCAAUGAUAUUGUCCUCGCGUUUCUCAUCGAAAAUCAGGACAGUUUCCUCAUGACUGAUUUCACAGAGUCCACGUCAGAUACUGUUAUGUUUCAAUAG